AUGUCAUCAAGAACUAAAUCGAAGGCCAUGGUGCCACCUAUUAAUUGCAUCUUUGGGUAUUUACAACAACAAACUCCAGUAACAUUCUGGCUUUAUGAGCAAGUUGGUAUAAGGAUAACGGGGAAAAUUAGUGGAUUUGAUGAGUUUAUGAAUGUGGUGAUAGAUGAUGCUAUUGAAAUUCCAGUAGAUCCUAAAACUGGAGUGGAAAAUAAAGCCAAAGGGACGCAACUAGGUAGAAUAAUGCUAAAAGGUGAUAAUAUAACUCUGAUAACAUCGAAUGAGUAA